GACCAUGCCUUCCGCUUGCUGCAGCCCGGCGGGGUCCUCACCUACUGCAACCUGACCUCCUGGGGGGAGCUGCUGAAGACCAAGUACACCGACAUCGAGAAGAUGUUUGAGGAGACCCAGGUAGGGCACCUGGUGGAGGCCGGGUUCAAGAAGGAGAACAUCAGCACGACGGUGAUGGACCUGGUCCCCCCCAAGGACUGCAGGUACUACUCCUUCCACAAGAUGAUCACACCCACCAUCAUUAAGCACUGA